CAAGUAAAGGCAAGUGUGCGGCGUUACCUCUCCGCCGCGGCCGAGCGGCGGACUAACACAGCCCGAACUAACCACGACAAAAACUCACUGUCAUCUAAUUCGAACUCCACCAGUUCAUCCUCGAGCAAUUCCUCAUCGAACGGCUCUGGCGUGAACUCGGGGGAAAGCUGCGAGGCCCUACUGGGCGCGGGUGGCGGGGGCGGUGUGCGGCGGGUGUCGCAACCCAAGUUUGAGACCUACAUGAUGACUGGGGACUUAAUGCUGAACCUGUCGCGGGUAGAACAUACUAUAAACCACGCACCGCCUCAUCCACCUUUAUAUCAUAGAUACAACUCUACGCCGGCUUCGCCAAUCGAGAACCGCCUUUAUGGAAAGGUAGAACUGGCGCAGCGGCACAAUUCCUCACCAGACACCGGGCUCGUUGGAGACUCCAAUAACAAACUCUCCCAACCGGCGUCACCGGCCGGCGGGACGACAGGCCCGCAGCACGAGCUCACCUCGCGGACUGCACACACGGUACGGACGUCGAGGUCGGAAGACCAUUUGCAGAAGGAGUCGUCGUUAAGCGCGGUGGCGGUGGACAUGGAGGAAGAUGUGACGUCGUCACUCAACACGUUACUAGAUGCGAGACCUGACUCCGCCACCCCCAGGACGCGAUCCAAUUCCCGCUCGGAAAAAGACAGAAUCGUGUGGACUUACAACGCGCCGGUGUCCUGCGCGUCGGCCAGCGAACGCACGCAGUACAACGGAUCUGGACACACCUCCAACUCCACCUCUAUAUCGGACGGCAUAUCACAACGUAUGGUGCGCAGGUCGUCGUCUCCCGCGUCGCCGACGUCGGUGUCGUCGUCGGUGAUGUCGUCGCGCGCCACGCCACCGCACCGGCCGCCUCCGCACCACCCCCCGCCUCUCCGCACGCUCAACGGAGAUAUGAGCCUAUCCGAAGCAGUGUCCAACAUUUCGAGUCCCGAUUAUCAAGAUCAAGACGACAUGUUCGAGACUGGCCGAGAAUGUCCGAGGAUGGAGCUCUCGGACCCGUCGGACUCCGACUCGACGAUCCUCGUCUCGGAGCCUUGCCACAAGCGGGCGAAGUCCAACAGCUCGUACUCCAACGAACACGGUAGUGAUGUGACGUUGAACGGGGACCAUAAUAACGAUUAUAGGAUAGUGAUACAAGUGAAAGGACCCGAGAAAAACGCGAACAGUGAAAGUGUUAACAAUAAUUUACCUAAUGGAAAGGAGAAUGGACAUAAUUCGCCCGAGAAUCAAGGGUACCAGGAACUAGGAAACAACUCAGACGCAGGGUCGGACGAGGGUUCUGAUGGUGACUCACUACACUCAUUCCACUACAGCCCUAAGGCUGUGGACAUCCCGUCGGCUGAGCGGCUCGCCAAGCGGCUUUAUCAUCUCGACGGAUUCAAGAAGUCUGAUGUCUCCAGGCAUCUUAGUAAAAACAACGAAUUUUCCCGCGCGGUGGCCGAGGAAUACGUGAAACACUUUGACUUUACCGGCGCGACCUUGGACGCGGCGUUGCGGACGUUCCUAGGCCGAUUCGCGCUUAGCGGAGAAACGCAAGAGCGGGAGAGGGUGUUGGUCCACUUCAGUCGGCGCUUCUUGGAGUGCAACCCUGGCGCUUUUAACUCUCAGGACGCUGUACACACGCUGACGUGCGCCAUAAUGCUGCUGAACACCGACCUGCACGGCGCCGGCGCCGCCGCCUUCCGACGCAUGACGUGCGCAGAGUUCGUGGACAACCUCACCGACCUCAACGACGGGGAGAACUUCCCCAAGGACACGCUCAAGCAACUCUACCACGCCAUUCGCAUGCAGCCACUCGAGUGGGCUCUCGACACGGAGGCGGCGCCGGCGCAGGGCGACAGCGGCGGCGGGCUGGGGCGCGGGGUGGGCGCCAACCCCUUCCUCGACGUGCCCGACCAGUCGCGAGCCAUCGAGUACAAGAAGGGCUACGUCAUGCGCAAGUGCUGCGUCGACCCCAACGGCAAGAAGACACCGUUCGGUCGGCGAGGAUGGAAAAUGUUUUACUGCACGCUCAGAGACCUGGUCCUAUAUUUACACAAAGACGAGCACGGGUUCCGGCGAAAUCAAAUGUCUGACAAUCUGCACAAUGCAAUCAGAAUACACCACGCGUUAGCAACGAAAGCUACAGAUUACACGAAAAAGCAACACGUAUUCAGAUUGCAGACUGCGGACCAAGCGGAAUACUUAUUCCAAACUAGCGACUCGAAGGAGCUGUGCUCGUGGGUGGAGACCAUAAACUUCGUGUGCGCGGCGUACUCGGCGCCGCCGCUGGCCGGCGCCGUGGGGUCGCAGCGCAAGUUCCAGCGGCCGCUGCUGCCGUGCAGCCACACGCGCCUGUCCAUGCGCGACCAGCUGGCGGCGCACGACGCGCGCGCCGCGCAGCUGGAGGACGAGCUGGCGGCGCUGCGCCACGCCCGCGACGCCUCGCCGCACGCGCGCGACAAGGACCACUACCUGCUCUACGAGAUCAAGCGGUACAAGACGUACGCGUACGUGAUGCGCGCCCGCGCGGGCGGCGCCGGCGCAGACGACGCCGCGCCCGCGCUGCCCGAGCGGGGCGAGCGCGCGGAGAGGGGCGAGAGGGGGGAGAGGGGCGAGCGGCCCGAGCGGCACGCGGCGCCGCCCUGA